CUAAACCUACACCUUCCGUCACCUAACUGACGUUAAAGGUAAAGCGUCUUUUCCAUAUUUGAACACGUUUGAAUGCUAAUGGAAUUUCAGAGCUAAUGCAACUUUAAUUUUGGACGUAUAAAUUUGGAAUACAGCCAAUAUGGGCUCUUUUAUGGUGGUCCCAGUCUCAAUUCACUUUCUUUGUUUGCAAAUUCAGUUCCUCAGAAGGUUUAGAGUAAAUGAUGACCGAUUUUUAGUUUUCAGAAAUUUCAGAAGACAGUCUCUCAUACGGCUUUCUCUAAAGCAGCGUAACUUUGUAAUAUAAGACGGUUGGUGUCUUUGAAUCCAGAGCAAGCUGCAAAUCUCAGAUGCUUCGGGUGUCAGGAAGAAACCAAGUUAUGUCAUUUCCCAAUGCUAUAUAUAUAUAUAUUUGCUGCAUGAGUGGAUCAGAAUUAUUGUAGCAUGAAAAACUAUUAUUCGAUUUCUACAUGGCCUUUUUGUUGACCAUAAAACGGAGAAAAAGGAAGUGCACAGUACUUGGCUAAUGACUUUUCCUGCUCUUUUUUUCCUGACAGAGAUGAUGUCAUCAGAGGUCUUUGUUCCUGGUUGGCUGCAGCAUCUGCUCGUCGUUCUGCUCAGGUUUACGCUGUCCUGCGCGGCCCCAAUGAACCUGAACAACGGGACGGAGUGCAGCGCUCGAGGACCCGCCCCUUACAUCCUGGUGUUCACCGGCCACUGGAGUCCACAGACCUUCCCCAAACAGUAUCCCCUGUUCCGACCACCUGCUCAGUGGUCCAAGCUCAUGGCCGUGACCCAUAAUGAGCAGUACCGGCUGUGGCAGGAGGGGGCGCCGGCGAGCGAUGGCUUGAAGAGCUUUGCUGAGCAGGGGCUCACAGUGGAUCUGGUGAAGGAUGCGAAGGAGGCGAGGAAGGGGCGAGCCGUGGGGUCCAUGUACCGCACAGCCGGGAUUCCCUCAGGCAUCGGCCACAGCUCCACUGAGAUACUUCUGACGCCCAGGAGUCCGCUGCUGUCUCUGAUAGUGAAAGUGAUCCCCAGUCCAGACUGGUUUGUGGGGAUUGACAGCCUGAACUUGUGUGAGGGUGGGCAGUGGAAACAGGAAGUGACCUUUGACCUCCACCCAUUUGAUGCCGGCACAGACAGCGGCUUCACUUUCUCUUCACCGAACUUUCCUACAACACCUCCUGAAAAUAUCACCAUGAUUACCUCUCAGAAGCCAAACCACCCAGCAAAUUCCUUCUAUUACCCUCGGCUAACAGAUCUCCCGCCUCUGGCCACCAUAUGGUUGAAGCGUCAGAGCCGCUCACCUGUCCGUCAGCAGAACCGGGUGUCCAAUCACAUCCUGCCUGAAGCAACCAAACCUCACAGAUUCUCAGAAACGCCGCUGGACUGCGAGGUGUCGAUGUGGUCGUCCUGGGGCCUGUGUCUGGGGCCGUGCUCUCGGGGCGGACUGCGCCAUCGCACCCGAUAUAUCCUGCUGAAACCCGCCAACAGUGGCACGCCGUGUCCCGAGCUGGAAGAACAAGAGGAGUGCACGCCGCACAACUGCCUCGCGUAUCAGUGAUGCCGGUCACGCCGCUGGCAUAGACACUUCGACGCUGUCCAAACGGAGAGCCGAGUUUAACCUCAUGCCAAUGCCUAGUCACGGGAGAGCCGCCUGGCUGGGACGUCCUGUGAGCUGCAUUGGCUCCUCUCCUCACUGGAAAAGAACGGCUCGUAUUCUGUUAAUAGAGACUUUGAUUACGGGUGCUGUACUCGCAGUAUUCUCAGUGUAUCUUUGCAUAAUCGCACAUUAUUUUGCCAAUAUAGAUUUGUGGAAUAGACGACUUGGAGUUUCCCGACCACUGAUUUGAACAUAACUACAUGAAUUAACAUAAGCCUUCCUCUCGACCUCACAACAGUAGCAACCUUUUUGAAGUAGCCUAGUUGUGUUUCGAGUGAUUUGACAGAUGGUGCAGUUUUAGUAUGCUGUGGAACUGGUAGUUCAAUAGUAGUGAAAUAACACUUGAAGACACCUCUGCUCCUGUCUCAUACAGGCCUAAUGAUGCUCCAAAUGCAGUUUACAAUAUUAUCUUGUGAGGAAUCACACAAAAACAAACUGUCAUGUGUCAUUUAUCAAAUAAGGGACCGUUUCAAAGUUGUUUGCACUACCGGUCAAAAGUUUGGAAUCAUGAAGAUGUUUUAAAUGUUUUUGAAAGAAGUCUCUUACCAAGGCUGCAUUUA